AUGUGGGAAAUUAAGAAAAAUGCAGAUGAUCAGUGGAAUAACCGUCAGCUUUUUCCAUGGCUUGAAGUUUUGAACUUAAUUGCUUCUUGUUGUUUUAUAGCUGGUGUUAACUGUCAAGAUGUUUCCAAUGCUGUUUUUGUAGUUCCAUUAAAUAAUGAGCAUAUUCAGUUCGAGCAUGGUAAUGGAAAUAAAACUAGUGAACACGAAGGAUGUAAUUUUGACAAGCAACUACAAGUCAUCAACCAUGACGGAGAUGAUGAUAUUACAACGAACAUUGAUAUAUACGAGACAUUUGAAGGGCUCAUUGCUGAAAAAUUAGAAGAUCUUGAACAAUUAUACGUAUCACAUGCAAGAGUCACUGGGUUUAGCGUGAAAAAGUGGACACAAAGAUCAAGUAAUAAUAUAAUUACGGAGAAGUAUUUAGUGUGCUCAUGUGAGGGAAAAACAUAUCAUGCACCUGUUGCUCCGGAGGAAGGUAAUGCAGUUUCUAAGAAACCCAAGCUAAUUCCAAUUACAAGGAGUGAUUGUGAAGCCAGAAAUGGCGACAUCUCCAUUCUAGACAAGAUAGAAACGAUCAAAGCAUUUGAGGAUGCAAACAUCAAACCUACCACAGCAUAUCGAUAUUUAUUAAAGGAUGCUGGAGGUGACGAAUUUGUGGGCCACACCCUACAUGAUCACAUCAAUUGUGUCAACAGGAUACGGAUGAAAGCGAUAGAGUGUGGAGAUGCUCAAAGUGUAAUCGAUCAAUUAAUAUGCGACGGAGAGAAGGAUCCCCAAUUUUUUUACCGGGUAAGGUUAAAUGAACAAGGACAACUUUCGGCACUUUUUACGUGUGAUGGAAUGAUGAGAGAGGAUUAUAAAAUAUAUGGUGAUGUCGUUAUUUUUGACACAACAUACCGGACUAAUCGAUACAAUUUGAUAUGUGGUCCUAUCAUCGGGAUAAAUAUUCAUUGGAACACUGUCAUGUUCGGUUGUGCUUUUAUAGUAGACGAGAAGGUUGAAUCAUUCAAGUGGGUCUUGUCUUAUUUCAAAAAAGAUGCUGCAAUGUCGAAGGCAAUCGAAAAUUUUUACAAGAUAUUUAAGAAAACGGUGGAAAAAUGGAGGAAACGAGAGAUCGAAGCUGAGUUUUACUGUUCUCGCACAAGACCAACCUCUAACUUACGGCUAACUGGUUUGUUAAAGCAUGCAUCCGAAAUCUACACUGCAAGCUUGUUUAGAUAUUUCGAAGAGGAGUUUAAAACAGCAAUAGUAUGUUCGAUAUGUGAGGUCAAUCAAAUUAACGGGAUACAAAACUAUAGAGUUUGGGUAGAUGAAGAUUCAUCUUAUGUUGAAACGGUUGCUUAUCUUGAUCUGCAAGGAGAUAUUAGUGUAAGUUGCAAUUGCAAGAACUUUGAGGCAAGCGGUUGGUUGUGUUGUCAUUGCUUAAGAGUAUUACAUAAUCAUUCCGUAUCUAAGAUUCUUGAGAAGUAUAUACUAACUCGCUGGACGAAACAUGAUAAAAAGGAAGUGUGGGAGAGAAUGUUUAGCGACACUACAAGAACAUUUGAUGAAGAGGACAGUGUAAGGAAGCUAAAGACGAUAACCUUACAGUGGAGGCAUGAUAUGGGUCCUAAGUUUUACAAUCUUGUUCUUAAGACAGAAAACGAGGAAGGUGCACGAAAGAUUGUUGAGGACCUCUAUGCAAAGGCGAGUGAAACUGUCAAAAACCAUACAAUGCAAGAUAACCCAGCGCAACAAUGUUGGUCACAGACAAAUGGUGUUACGGAACAAUAUGCUGUGCUUGACCCUGAAAAAUCAGUGACAAAGGGGAGGAGAAAACGAAUUAAAGGACACUUUAAAAAAAGAAAACAUUCAACGUCUAAAAGGGAGUUUGGUUUCAUAACACCAAAUAAGCACAUUAUAUAA